ACUAGACAAAAUCUUUUCCCAUCCAAAUUAUGUUCAUGUAUUUUCAAUGUCUAGCAGACCAAAGUACUACAAAGUCUUUUUCAAUUCAAGUACUUAACUAAUUAAACAGCUUUUCCAGUGAUUAAGGAAAAUUGAAAUAAUCAACUCUAAUAUAAUUCUUAGAAAAAAGAUUCAGUCACACAGUUACCUUAAAAGUUAAAACCAUGACAUGAUGCCAUGUCUGUGUUGACUUUUCACCAAUACUAAACUAUGAAAUGGUCUUUUUCCUUCCAAAAUAGUAUAAAAAAUUUCCAUAGUGAUGUUACAUUAUUGAAUUAAAAAAUAUGGUGAUGUUGUUGUCAAUGGAAAGUUUCACCUCAAAACUCUUCUUCUAACGUGUUCUUUAAUCUUAUUAUCUAUACAUAAAUUAAUUGAUAGAGUUAGAAAUGAAAACCAGUUUAUAGGUACAAAGCUUAACCAUGGUUAAGUCCAUAAGAAAAGUUUAGUUAUCACCUAAUCUUUGCUUUGGUUAAGACAUAAAAGGCCUAUGAUUUUCUUUGGCAUCUUUCUGAUAGAGAUUUUCCAAAGUGUUAAACACUAGAAAGUCAAUAUCUUCAAUUUCUCUAAGUAGUGAAGAUUGAAGACAAAUAUUAUCAUGGGAACAAAUAGCAAGGAGCUUGGAGGAUCUGAGGCAAUAUAUCAGGAUAUGGUAGAUGAUGAAGUUAAGGGCACUCAUAAAGUUCCUGUUGGGCCUAUACACAAAUUAAUAGCAGAGAAUACCAAGUCAAACAGUUUGGUCAUGAAGAAACCAAAUGUGGUGAUUCCUGCUCAUAUCAUAGCUGAAGCAAUAUCAACAAUCCGCGACAUCGACUUAAGAUGGUCAGGUCCAAUCACACAGAAAGAAAUGGAAUAUGUAGAACAAUAUGUGCUAGCAAAGUAUCCAGAAUAUGCAAAUUUAAUUGAAGGAGAUGGAAGUGGAAUAGACAUGUCAAGUUUUAUCAUCACUGAGGAGCCUUCAGAAUUACCAAUGACAAAGUCACCAAGAUCACCUUCCUUUGGAAGCAACCUACCUGAACUGGAUAGGACACAAUUGGAACCGUCGAGACUACUAGAUAUUCUCAACAAAAAAUCAUCUUUUCCUGGAAGUUUCAUCUCGAUACCGGAAAUUCAAGCUCAAAAUAAGGUUUUGAGGCAUUGUGGUUUACCUGAUGAUGAGUAUUUGGUUCUUUUUACUCCAAGUUAUAAGGAUGCUAUGAUGUUGGUUGGAGAAAGUUACCCUUUUUUUAAGGGAACCUAUUACAUGACAAUUCUUGGUGAACAACAUGAGGAUUAUAUCAAAGAAUUUGCUUCUUUUAAGGAAUCUAAGGUUCUCAUAGCACCUAAGACAUGGCUUGAUUUGAGGAUUAGAGGGUCUCAGUUAAGUCAAAAUUUUAGGAGGAAAUGUAAGAUUAGUCCAAAAGGACUAUUUGCUUAUAUAGCAGAUGUGAAUGGAACAAUGCAUUGGGUUUCUGAGGCUCAUAGGAACUAUUGGCAUGUUUUGCUUGAUGCAUCUGCAAUGGUUGUGGGAAAGGAUAGGUUACAUGUUGGACUUCAUAGGCCUGAUUUCUUAGUAUGUUGUCUUGAUAACACAAAUUCCAAUCCUUCAAGAAUCACUUGUCUUUUGGUUAGAAAGAAAAGUUUUGACACCUCUAAUGGUUCAUCUUAGGUUAAUGGAUGAAUGAGGAUAGUACUACUUGUUUCAUAUUGUUGGAUAAUAUUUGAACUACAUAGCAAUUGGCAAUGUUUAAUUGGUAUCAUGAGAUUUCCUAAAAAGUAAAACUGUGAAAUUUUCCUUGUGUAAUUUGUUGUAGAUUGAAUAAAUGGUUUAACAUA